AUGCCCGCAGAAUUCCUUCAAGCAGUGCCGCCGUUGGUGUGGCAAUGCGCGGCGGCGAGUUUCGUCGCGUACGCAGCGCUGUACCGGUUGAGCGCCGACGCGGGCAAGCGAUAUUUCCCGAGCUACCGGCGUUUGACCCACGAAAAGCAGAUUGACUGGAACACGCGGCUGCCCUCCACGGUUCACGCAGUGGUCGUCUCGGCCCUGUGCCUGCAGCAGCUGCUCUCCGGCGCCUUCGGCGCCGCCGCAUCCGCCGCUGACGGCGUGCCGGCCGUCCUGCGCGCCACGCCGGUCAGCUGGGCGGCGGUGGGGACGUCCCUCGGAUACUUCUCGGCGGAUUUUUUCAUGGUGCUGUCGCAGGAGGCGCUUUACAGCGGCCCCAUCCUGGUACACCACUUGCUCGCGCUGCUGUCGCUGUAUACCGCGAUCGACACCCGCGCGGCCCAUGUGUACGUCCUUUUUGGUUUGUUCACCGAGGUCACCACGCCGUUUGUCAACCUGCGGUGGCGGCUACACGAGGCCGGCCGCGCGGCCGGCCGGCUGUACCUCUGGAACGGCCUCGCGAUGACCGCGGUGUGGGGCGCGUGCCGCGUGGCCGCGUUCGGGCCGCUGUUCCACCACGUGUGGGCGCACUAUGGCGACUCGCAGCGGUUCAUGCCGGCGUACGCGCGCUGGGUGCUGCUGGGCGUGCCGGCGCUGCUCUUCGUUUUGAAUCUCCUGUGGUUCAAUAAGAUGGUGCAGGGCGCGGCCAAGCUCGUGCGCGACGCGCGCGCGCGGCGCGGCGGCGGGCCAGCGGCGGCGGCGGUGCGGGGCGGCAAGGCGCCGCGCGGCGGCGGGGCGGACGCGGCUGUUUUGGUGGAGGCGUACGCCGCACCGGCUGCUGAGAGGAUUGACAGAAAGGGCCUGUGA